CGUUUCCGGACCCGUCUCUAUGGUGUGGGAGAAACCCGGCCCCCAGAAGAUUGUGGGUGUAGUGGCCACAGCCUUACAGGCAGGCAGGGGUGGUUGGUGUCAACAGGGGGGCCAACAGGGGACCAGAGCCAAGACCCUCGGCCUCCUCCCCCGCCGCCCUCCCGCAGAUUUGCUUGGCUUUGAGGAAGAGUGGCAGUACUGCCUCACUGCAUAAGGGAUGGGAUCAGAGAACAGUGCUUUGAAGAGCUAUACACUGAAAGAACCACCAUUUAUCUUACCCUCUGGACUUGCUGUUUAUCCCGCUGUACUGCAAGAUGGCAAAUUUGCUUCAGUGUUUGUGUAUAAGAGAGAAAAUGAAGACAAGGUUAAUAAAGCUGCCAAGCAUUUGAAGACACUUCGUCACCCUUGCUUGCUAAGAUUUUUAUCUUGUACUGUGGAAGCGGAUGGCAUUCAUCUUGUCACUGAGCGAGUACAGCCCCUGGAAGUGGCUUUGGAAACACUGUCUUCUGCAGAGGUCUGUGCUGGGAUCUAUGACAUAUUGCUGGCUCUUAUCUUUCUUCAUGACAGAGGACAAUUAACACACAAUAAUGUCUGUUUAUCAUCUGUGUUUGUGAGUGAAGAUGGGCACUGGAAACUAGGAGCAAUGGAAACUGUUUGCAAAAUUUCUCAGGCCACACCAGAGUUUCUGAAGAGCAUUCAGUCAAUAAGAGACCCAGCAUCUAUCCCUCCUGAAGAGAUGUCUCCAGAAUUCACAACUCUCCCAGAGUGUCAUGGACAUGCCCGGGAUGCCUUUUCAUUUGGAACAUUGGUGGAAAGUUUGCUCACAAUCUUAAAUGAACAGGUUUCAGCGGAUGUUCUCUCCAGCUUUCAACAGACCUUGCACUCAACUUUGCUGAAUCCCAUUCCAAACUGUCGGCCAGCGCUCUGCACCUUACUAUCUCAUGAGUUCUUCAGAAAUGAUUUUCUGGAAGUCGUGAAUUUCUUGAAAAGUUUAACAUUGAAGAGUGAAGAGGAAAAAACAGAAUUCUUUAAAUUUCUGCUGGACAGAGUCAGCUGCUUGUCAGAGGAAUUGAUAGCUUCAAGGUUGGUGCCUCUUCUGCUUAAUCAGUUGGUGUUUGCAGAGCCAGUGGCUGUUAAGAGUUUUCUUCCUCAUCUGCUUGGCCCCAAAAAAGAUCAUGCGCAGGGAGAAACUCCUUGCUUGCUCUCACCAGCCCUGUUCCAGUCACGGGUGAUCCCCGUGCUUCUCCAGUUGUUCGAAGUUCACGAAGAGCAUGUGCGGAUGGUUCUGCUGUCUCACAUCGAGGCCUACGUGGAGCACUUCACUCAGGAGCAGCUGAAGAAAGUCAUCUUGCCACAGGUUUUGCUGGGCCUGCGUGAUACUAGCGAUUCCAUUGUGGCAAUUACUCUGCAUAGCCUAGCAGUGCUGGUCUCCCUACUUGGACCAGAGGUGGUUGUGGGAGGAGAACGAACCAAGAUCUUCAAACGCACUGCCCCAAGUUUUACUAAAAAUAUUGACCUUUCUCUAGAAGAUUCUUCUAUGCGUGUCGUCUGCAGCAAGCACAGUCAGAUCUCGCCAGUCUUGGAGAACCCCUUCUCUAGCAUAUUCCCUAAAUGUUUCUUUUCUGGCAGCAUGCCCAUCAACAGCAAGAAGCACAUACAGCGAGAUUACUACUAUACUCUUUUACAGACAGGCGAUCCAUUUUCUCAGUCUAUUAAAUUUCCCAUAAAUGGACUCUCGGAUAUAAAAAAUACUUUGGAGGACAGUGAAAACUUCCCAUCAAGUUCUAAAAAGUCUGAGGAGUGGCCUGACUGGAGUGAGCCUGAGGAGCCUGAAAAUCAAACUGUCAACAUACAGAUUUGGCCUAGAGAACCAUGUGAUGCUGUCAAGUCCCAGUGCACUACUUUGGAUAUGGAGGAGUCAUCUUGGGAUGACUGCGAGCCCAGCAACUUAGCUACCAACGUAAACCCAGGAGAUGGAAUCACUGCUACAAAAUCUGUUACCUCAGGGGAGCAGAAGCCCAUUCCUGCUUUGCUUCCACUCACUGAAGAGUCUAUGCCUUGGAAAUCAAGCCUACCCCAAAAGACUAGUCUUGUACAAAGUGGGGAUGACCCAGACCAAAUCACGCCGCCAAAAGUGUCAUCACAAGAAAGGCCCCUUAAGGUUCCAUCAGAACUUGGUUUAGGAGAGGAAUUUACCAUUCAAGUAAAAAAGAAGCCAGUAAAAGAUCCUGAGAUGGAUUGGUUUGCUGAUAUGAUCCCAGAAAUUAAGCCUUCUGCUGCUUUUCUUGUAUUACCUGAACUGAGGACAGAAAUGGUCCCUAAAAAGGAUGAAGUCUCCUCAGUGAUGCAGUUUUCCUCAAAAUUUGCUGCAGCAGAAAUUACUGAGGGAGAGGCUGAAGGCUGGGAAGAAGAAGGGGAGCUGAACUGGGAAGAUAAUAACUGGUGACAAUAGAUGUAAGUCAAACUUUAGGAAAAAGGAUCCCUUUUUAAAAAAAAAAAAAUCAAUACCUCAAAAGCAGGCUUUGGGACAAGAAAACCCCAAAGUGGCCUGCUUUUCCCAGCCCAGGAGCUCAUUAUCCAGUCUGCACCAACUGAAAUAUGAGACUGACUGCAAGUGCUGGCUAAAAGCCCUGGGUGGUGAGGCUCACAGUACUGGUUUCCAGGAGGGAAGAGCCUUUGUGCAUUUGACUGAGGCCAGUUUCUUUGAAGAGCAAGUAGCUGAGGAGAGGGCAAAUUUACUGCUUUUUCCAGGACAAUUCUGGAAGUAAAGAAAAUGUAAGAAUUCAAGCUGGUUAGCUUAAUUUUGUGCCAUUUCUUUAACAUAAGAGUAAGCUCUAUUAUGAAAUACAACUUAAAAAAAUUUUAGCUAUAAAAAAUUUUAGCUAUAAAUUAUAUAAAUGAUUUUAAAUUGCUGAGGUUUCCUUAGGCAGCUUAUUUAUUUGUUUACAGUUAUACUAUCUGAGUAAAUGGUUCUUUGUGGACCUGGGCAGUUCCUGACUGUUCCACAUGUAGUACAUUGUACCAAAGUUCUUAAUGAGAAUAUUCCCCACAAUCCUGUUCUCUAAAUGUCAAAUAAAGAUUAUUUUCACUAGAUUCAACUUUA